CAUCCAUAAUAUCUGUUUCCAAAAGGAUCGGAAGCCACACGUUUUUGAAACCAAACAAAAAAUGAUCAAGAUUGCUGCCCCUGCAUUUGCACUGCUAAUGAGUGGGUUCGCCGCCGCUCAAAAUGGUUCCGACCAGGACCAGAGUGCCACCCUCGUGGGAAACCUUGUCGACGACUGCGUGGUCGAUUUCGAUCCCAAUGCCGGCGUCGACUACUUCCCCAACAAGUAUUCGAAACCCAUCAUCAAGAGUUACGGCGACAGGGAUAUUUUCGGCGAGAAAUUCGUCCCCCACAAUACCACCGACUUUCUCGACAUCGAAUACUUCAACACAUACAAGAUUGUUACUAAUCUCCACCAGGAUCCGCCCAAAAAAUACCUGCUCUACCAGUGCGGAACGCAGAUCCCCGAAGAUGUCGAUGUCGACAGCUUUGAUUUGGUCACGUCGGUUCCCCACAAGGGCGGCCUCGCACUCACUGAGACCCCACAGAUCCCGUACGUGGAACUCCUCGGAUUGCGCGAGUCAAUCGUUGCGUACAUCGGCGACCCCUUUUACGUGACCAGUCCCUGCAUGACCCACAUGAUGGAAGGGGAGACACCCAUGAUCGAAACCGUGCACAAUUACUCCAUCCAAGAAGAGCUCAUCGACGACUUUCGCGAACGAAAUCCCGAUGCCAUCAUCGUUUCCGGACCGAGCAACAACGUGGUAGGCGAACAAGUUAUCGUCUCCUCCGCUACCCAGGAACGCACCAAUGUCGCCACGUUCGAUUGGAUUUCUUUCUUUGCGGCCUUUUACAACAUGGAGGGAGAAGCGAACCGAAUCACCUCCAACAUGCAAGAGUCCUACGACUGCAGUAGCGACGUUGCCAGUUUCAUGGCAGCCGAGCAACGAGAACUCGAAGCCGAGGAAGGACCCACAAUCAUGUGGGCCAAUUACCUCACCUACCAGAACUUGGGAUGGAGUGUCGGCGAAUGCCCAACCUGGGACCAUGCGUACUACUGCGAAUAUGCCACGCAUUGCGGAGCGACCGUUUUGACUCGCCCCGAAGGAGUAGGCGUCAACAAGACAUGGGGAUCUCCUACCGUCUAUUGGUACCUGAACGAUGAAGAAAUGCUAGACAUGGGUAUGGAUGCCGACAUUCUUAUCUAUUCGGGGUCAGACUGGAACGAAAUUUACGCACUGAAAAACGAGACCCUCAACAAAAUGAAAGCCGUUCAGAACGGACAAGUCUACGACGUUCUCGGCCAGGGUAGCUCCGCCUGGUACGAACAGCGAUACGCCGAAUACGACGUCGUCGGUUUGGACAUGUGCAACAUCGUUGGCUAUGCCCCAGCCUCCGGCCACCAAAACCGUUGGUUCCGCAACGUGUUCACCGAUCCCAUUGGUGAAUUGGAAGAGUGCGAUGUCUUGGGAGGGGAAAUCUCGGAACCCUACGUGCCACCACAACAAGAAUGCGUCCGACCGUUGAUUGCUCCCUCGGAUGACGCUGGCUCCGAGGACACCCUUAUGCCGGAACCUUCUGCUUCGGCCGACGCCGGCUCAGAGGACGCCCCGAUGCCGGAACCCGCUGCUCCAACGAGUGACGAACCGUUUGCCACGGUUCCUGCCACUACCGGUCUCGAAUCAGCCGCUACACGCCCCGUCACGAUCGGGACUGCUACGAUUUUGGCUGCUGUUGUUUUUUUCUUGUAAUAGAGGGGCUUGCGGAGAGAGGCAGCCAGGAAAAUUGUUUUUCGUCGGAUUGUCGAAUCGAAGUACAUGGGACACUACGUGAAUAAACUUCCAGUCUAGAAAAAGUGAUUUUGUCUGUUUUUUCCUAACACUGCACAGUAUUAUGAAUUAGCUGCUUUAAGAUGUCUAGAAAAAUUGGUUUGCUCUGAUUUGUACGAAAAACCAUCGUCCGGUUGGAAAAUAGAUUAUGUACUUUUGC